GUUUUUUCUGAAUUCUCUUUUUAUAGUAAUUUGUGCACACGCGCUGACCUUUUUACACCCUAAACAGGGUAUAUUAAGUUUGUAACACCCACAAGAAAACGUCAGCGACUAUAAAAUAUAGCUAUGUACAUAUAUACUUAUGUUUAGCAUGACGAGCUAAGUCAAUUUAGCCAUAUCCGUCUGUCUGUAUAUACGCAAACUAGUCCUGCUGUUUUUGAGCUACCGAUCUCAAAUUUUGCACAUGUUUUUUUCUCCCCAUAAAGCUGCUUAUUUGUCGCAACCGCUGAUAUCGUAUAACUAUAGCAUAUAGCUGUUAUACAAACUGAACGAUCAAACCCAAGUUCCUGCAUGAAAUAUUUUGUAUUUGUGAAGAGUAUUAUAGCGACGGUGCAACCGAAUUUAACGUUUUUUCUUGUUUUCUAAUAAAUGUAUUACAAGGUCGGCAGCAUCUUCGCUAAUCAGUUCAUGCUGUUGUCCGAGAAAACCAAAUAAGUUGAAAUCUAGCAAUUUUUACAAUACAUACAAACGAAUGAGUAUGAAUUUAUGAGCUGUAUUUCCGAGGCACUGCCGCACGAGCGAAUAUUUGAAAACCCGAAACGUUUUCAAUUUUCGCGAAUUGCUUUACUUUCAAUACACCUAAAAAUUAUGCUCUCGGCGCAGUUGCACUUUGUGCAUGUAGAAAAUGCAAAAUAUAUUGUAAAUGCGAAGAAUUCUUUGUAUUGGAGACGAGUUUUGCCUGCAAGAUAAAAUAAAUAAUCCACACACUACAUUUCGGUUAGUGGUUUGGCGUGCAACGAACGUUUCUCCGUGGUAAUAUUCCUUUUUGAAUUUAAUUAAUUUUCCACUUAGCUGUGUAAUAACGUGAUUUUAGUUUUCGCUAUUUCAAAUCCCACCUGAACUGUAAAUAUCAACGAAAUGCUCUUCACAUCCCUACUUGAAGCCGCCCAAAAUUCUCCCUUUAAAACUCCCUUAUCGGCAGCCAGUUGUCAGAGCAGCCGCAGCGAUGGCUCAAAACUGACGCCAAACCACCAGAUAAUGGCUGCCGCAGCCGCCGAAGGUGAUUCUUGCGCGUUCGGCUCGAACACCUACUUUGCCCUCUGUGGUCUUGGUGGUAUCAUCUCGUGCGGUCUUACUCACACUAUGGUGGUGCCAUUGGAUUUGGUUAAAUGUCGCUUACAAGUCGAUCCCGUUAAGUAUAAGAGUGUGUUCAAUGGCUUUGCCAUUACACUUAAAGAAGAUGGCGUGAAAGGUCUUUCUAAGGGUUGGGCGCCAACUUUCUUCGGUUAUUCUAUGCAGGGUCUCUGUAAAUUUGGUCUUUACGAAGUAUUUAAGGUGAUCUAUUCUGAUGCGAUUGGUGAGGAGAACUCUUACUUGUAUCGCACUUGGUUGUACCUCGCAGCUUCCGCAUCGGCUGAAUUCUUUGCCGAUAUCGCUUUAUCACCUAUGGAAGCGGCCAAAGUGAAAAUUCAAACAACACCUGGAUUUGCAAACACUUUACGUGAAGCUUUGCCCAAGAUGUCGGCACAAGAAGGCAUUGCCGCCUUCUAUAAGGGUUUGGUACCAUUGUGGAUGAGACAAAUUCCAUAUACGAUGAUGAAAUUCGCCUGCUUCGAAAGAACGCUGGAACUUCUAUAUAAAUAUGUCGUACCCAAACCCCGUCAGGACUGUACGAAGGGUGAACAGUUGGUGGUAACUUUCGCUGCUGGUUACAUUGCUGGCGUCUUCUGUGCCAUUGUAUCCCAUCCAGCUGAUACAGUUGUAUCCAAAUUGAACCAAGCCAAGGGCGCUUCAGCCUUCGAUGUGGCCAAGCAAUUGGGUUGGGCUGGUCUGUGGGGUGGCCUUGUGCCUAGGAUUGUGAUGAUUGGUACUCUAACUGCCGCUCAAUGGUUCAUCUAUGAUGCUGUUAAGGUGUACCUGCAUAUGCCCAGACCACCUCCACCAGAAAUGCCCGAGUCUUUGAAGGCUAAACUGGGUGUAGCUUAGUGUGGCGUAUGAAAUAAUUAAAUAUUUAGUGAUAAUUGACUAGCGGCAUUGUUAUUUGUAAAUUUACCCACGCAAUAAAAACUCAAAAAAUAUUACAGAAUUCGCGAUAUCAUAAGAAACGAAAGAUUAUGCUGGAAUAAAAUUUAUUAUAAUUAAAAUAA